GUGUUCCAACACUCUGUUGUGCAUGCUAUACAAGCACGGCUAUUUUUGCGGAAACGCCCGAAUAGAAAAAAUAAUAACUCGUAUCGUCGAAGCGCGAAUGACUGCCAAGCGGUAUUACGAAAAUGACGCGAGUGGGUGCAUCGAGUCUUUUCUACAUCGUCGAAGAGAAUCAGGUAAGAAAAAAAUAUUAAAUUCCGAUAAAGUUGGCAUGAAAAAAGUUAAUAUUUUUUAUUUUAAUUACGGCUUUUUUGUAGGAGAGAGACCUGUAGCGCGCGUAAGCCCUUUCCGUACGCAAUACGGACGUCUCAGCUUGAGACGACGACGUGAGGCUGAGGUAGAUGAGGAAGCUGUACCAGCGCGAAGACGACGAAUUGACGAAGUUCCCGAAGACGAUAUAAACGCGGUAGCAGUACCAGCAGCAGCAGCACCCCCUCGCGUCAUCCCCGUUGUGGUAUUGGACUCUGGUAAGCAAUAAUUUAAAAACAAAAUAUUACUCAAAAAAUUAAUUAAUAUUACCAUGAUAGGUUUAAUAAUAAUAAUAAAUAAAUAAAUUAUGAUUUUAGAUGACGA